CAAGCAUAAGCCAUGGCAAGCAGCAAAAAAGAUCAUCUGGUGUGUCCAGUAUGCAUUGACAUCAUCGAAGACGCUACUAUAUUGAAUUGCGGUCAUACCUUCUGUCGAGAAUGUCUAGAGGAGAUCUAUAUCUCCGGAGUUCGCUUGUCGUGUCCGGUGUGUCGAGCAAAGACAACGUUAACCGUGAAGGGUGUCGAGGGACUCCCCAGAAAUGUCAUCAUCAACAGUCUUGCGGAUGACUACCAGAAGUCUCUCAAUUCAGCGAAAGCGUGCCCCUUCCACAAAGAGCAUGAGAAGGAAUUCUUCUGCCAGGAAUGCAAAGUGCACAUCUGUAUAAGAUGCGUGGUCACCGGGCAUCUGAACCACCAGAUGAAAACUAAAGAAGAUUUUGAGAGGGAGAUUAAGGAAAAGGUAGACUGUCUCAUGGAACGUGGCCAGGCUAAGAAAGCAGACAUGGAGAGAGUGAUCGCAUCUGCCGAGGCACCGAAAGCACAAGUGGCCUCUGCAGUGGUCAAUCUUGAGCGUUGUAUCAAGAAUGAGUAUGCUAGGAAGCGGAGGCUUUUGAAGGAAAAUACAACCUCCUUACUGGAGGAAAUCUCUACGUUGCAGAGAAGGUAUGACAGCAGCAUUGAUGUCGACACAAUGCCGUAUAAGCAGGUUGUUCAGGAUAUCAACCGUGCCUUGGCGGUGAUCAGAGUCAAGGAUCUGGGAAGCUUGGAAGCGGACAGCCUGGCUAGUCACACCAUGGUGUGCAACGACUUGGAUGAACUCCUUAACGAAGUCCUUGCCAAAACUGAUGCAGAUGUCACAAGGCGCUCCAAGGAGGCCGUGAUGAAUGCAACAUUCCACCCAUUCGGAGACGGGCUGCUGAAUCUUGGUAUGGUCAAGACUCGCAAGAAGAAGAUGAAAGUUGUAAGGGAUGUUCAGCUGUCGCGUUUGGCGUUGGCAGCGCAAUCGGAGGACAGUCCUAGCCCGGUGAAGGUUGAAAAUGGCGCCUGGCAGUCGUGGUCUCAUGUGAACAGAAUUAAUGAAUGUGAUGAUGAAUGUCGGUUAAUCACGGAAGCUAAUGAAGACGUUAAAGAUUUAGAAUGCGAUGAGGAUGAUGAUGAGUUUGGGUUCAAGGACGUCGUGGAGCUCCAUCCAGAUUACAAUGGUGAUGAAUAUGGGGGGUUCACGGAAGCUGACUCCGUGGAAAGUUCAGAAUGCGAUGAUGAUGAGUUUGGGUUCAACCAAGUUGACAUCGUGGAAGUCCCAGAGUGCGAUGAUGAUGAAUGUGGGUUCACGGAAGCUGACUGCGUGGACAAUUUAGAAUGCGAUGGUGAUGAAUUUGGGUUCCCAGAAGAUGACUACCACACCCGGCCUAGACAGGUGGCCGUCACAAGCAGUGGUGUGAUCAUCGUUUCCACCUGUGACAUCACACCAAGCACCGUGACUGUCUUUGGCAUUGGCAAGAACAGCGCCCUGGGUUCCUUUAUAAAGACAACCGGUGAAAAUGAGUUUCAUUAUGCUGCUGUAGAUUCCAAAGACCAAGUGUUGAUCGCCUGA